AGCGCAACGUAAGGCAGUAACGUAGACUUAGUAAGUGUUUGGGCAUGUUCUAGUGACUAUAUUUUUUUUGGAACGAAUACUACCACUAUGAAAAUGUUCAAGGAUGAUUUCUGACGCUUUUGAAAAUUUAACGAUACACAUAUCAACAGUGAUGGUCACACGCGUUUUCAGCUGAUAAGGGCUAUCAGCCGUAUUUUGUGGCUGCAGUCGUAUUCCUUUCUGUUGCUAACAUUUCAUGGAGUGGAAUAUACUGAUAUUACAACUACUUCUGUAAAAGCGAUCACUAAAUAUAUACAAGGGGGUUUAAGCAUUUUAAAUUUGAGGGGUGUUUACUGUUGAGAGUUAGCGGGGCUGCGCUACGUAACUACGUCAUCUCCGAUUCUUCAAACCUCACCUCCGAUACAGACGUCGAAUUAUUAGAGAUGGCGACCAAUAUGUCAGAAGAAACAUAGCCUCAGCGAUGUUUUUCUCUUUGCCCGUCGGAUAGCGACUUAAACAUUUUGAUUUACUUUUAACGGAAUAAGAGGGCACAAUGGAGGAACCCUGGGAUUUUGAGUUUUUGUCUCGAAUUGCUGAUGGCUGCUUGUCGUUCCUCUCCGAAUUUGUGAACGACUGGCUGGCAAACGACAUGAGGGUAUGCAUAUUCAAAAUCCUACUGAGCUGGUUGAUUUUUAGUCUUAUCGCUAUUCACUUCGCGUGGAAAUUCUACGGGAAUACAGUGAACGAUAUGUACUAUCGACAAGGGACUGGACAGAACGGGGGAACACCUGAUACAGCACCCCACCUGAGUGGAUGGGAAAGUAAAGCAGGGGAGACCCUAAAAACUCACCGAGAUUAGCAGAACAAUGAUGUCGGACUUUGGACUCUUUCCAAGUGAGAGCUGGACAGUUCACAUUUCCCACAGACUCGAAGAUUCGCUGAAAAUGAUGCAUCCUUUCAGCAGCGCAUUCAUUCUGCUUCAAGCUUCUGGCAACAGCCCAGGGAAAUAUCUGUGAUUAUAUGCUUUACCCAGUGUCACAACUUUUUCCCCACUACAUUAUCUAGUGCUGUGUUUUUCCUCAUUGUUUGCAUUACUCAUACAGGAGCAUAUGCUGCAUAAAUACCUUAUUUGAAAUAGGUUCUCUGUACAAAUGUGAAGAUUAGGAUGGCUUAAGUUUAAAGAAGUAGUGAAUACUAACUUUUUUUCAUCUGUACACUUAAGUAUCCGACUGAAUUAAGAUAAAACACAUCAGUGCUGGUGUUAUUUCUAAAAUUUGCAUCAAACUGAUAAAAGUCAGCAUUUUAGGCUUUUAAUUAGCUCAAACGGACAUCUGCUUAAUAAAAAUAUUUUCUGAAAAGGCAGGGCUUAUGUGACGUAGAAACUCACUCUUUGUAGGUUUCUAUGUCACCAACUCUACAUAAAAGGUAGAGCGUUGUUGCCUCUAACUGACUCUACCAUUCAGAGACUACUCCCAUCCUCUCCUGCCUGCACUGCCCCAGCUCUGACGGCUCUGGCUGUAGUAACACCAGUGCUGGAAUAAACAGCCCAAACAGGUAGUUCAGGACCACCACCACAGUCCACUACCACACUACAGCCUGCUUCAUGGGUCCCUGGAGGGGAAAAAUCCUCCACAUCAAAAGGUCACUAUGAGACAGCAGUGCUGUGGGACUCUGUCUGUGCCACUCUCUGGCAAGAGGACAUCACGGUCACCUGUCUCAGCUAGAAAACCCUGUCCUUUUCCCCUUCCUCCUCUCCGUACCAAACUGCUCACUUUCUGUGCAUUUUUGAAGUGGGUGGAGUUAGCUUUGAGCUGGGGGUUCACUCACACUUUAAGUGUGCAUUAGUAAGACUGGCCAUUAAGGUUUCAUUUCAUUUAGACCACGAGCAUGAAAAGGGUACUUGGACAUGAUUUUUAAUAUGUAUGCAAAGAAAUAAAGUAUUUUAAAUACAG